ACAGGAAAUGCUGGGAGAGAGAGAAGCAGCAGUAUGAGGGAAAGGUGCUGUGAGAGCCCACAUAUUACUGUGUGUGGGAAGUCAGUGGGGAGCAGGAAAGCUCACUCUGUUUAGGGUGCAGAAGGAAAGGGAUCCUUGUCAGGGCUCUGAAGUACAAAACCUGCUCUUCUCAGGGCACAGAAAGCCAAAGCGAGUUCAUCUCAGAGCUCUGAAGAAACUGCUACAUAAGUGGGGAUUCCCCUGCAGCUCAGAGACCAAUCAAUCUGCAAUAGUAUGUGAAGUAGCUCCUGGCUGGCAGGCUGUGUGUAUGCAAGUUAUUCAAAGGAGUGUACAACUGUGCUUUUUACACUAGCGAACCUGGGCCCCCCUGCAACUAUCCAAGAAAACCUAAGUGAUCAGUAUUAACUUAGCAGUGACUACAAAUGCAUGUAAUGUAAAAGGGACCUCUCCUUGAAGAAGAGACCAUGGCACAGCCAGCGCAGCACAGGAACAUAAGACCUGAGACAUGGCUGAGUUGCUUGUGUUGCAUUAUUUUUGGAAUGAAAAAGAAGUCCUUAUUCUUUACAUGAUUUUCCUUUGGAUGAUGUGGCCUGCUGAGAUCGACCUACAGUUGGGAAGCAACCGAUGGACUCUGUAUCCUUUGGGAACUUGUUCAAACUGUAUACUGAAUGCAUUUUUUGCCUUAUAUUUUUGUUUUAUUUAUUUUUUGUGCUUAUUUAAUACCCAUUCUUUGGCUCUUUUUGAUUAGUAGUGCUUAAAAUGCAUGGGCUAUUUUGGGAUUUUGAAUAUGUGUGCUAUGAAAGGGGGUAUAGUUUCUAUAUAUAAUGUGCUUUUAUGUUUGAUCUAAAUGCCCCUUUAUACUUUGAUAUCAGCCCUAAGCACAUUUUGCCUGCUUCUGAUCUACAUGCAUGCCUGAACUACCCAGACUCUCCUCCUUAUGGUUUUAUUUAUGGUUGACACCUUUUACUCCUGACGAAAUCAGCGGUACGCACGGAGUGAUGCACCUCUCUUCCCUCCCUCCGAUAUUUACCUGCUUGGGCUUUAUUAUGCAAUACAGUUGAUAAGCAUACCUAUUGGUUUAAUUGGAAUUUUUUGACCGUUCUGUAUAUGCUGAAUUGGUGAUAUUCUUACCUUUUGAACCGAGUAACUGUAUAUACUUAUUAUAUUUUGUACACCCAGGUAUUACAAUAUGAAGGCAAGCAGUCGCUCAGUACUGGAUUGUUUGUCUUUCACAUACUUGGCAGUGUGAAAACCAAUGGGGAGAAGUUUGGUUCUAUUUACUCUUUUGUACCAUAAAUGAUGGAAGGCUAAUUAGUAUAAUAAAGUUUGCCUUUUACAUGAUGCUGGUGCAGAGUUAUGGUGUCCUUUGUUUGUUUCAUGGGGCUGCACACAGCCCUGUAAAUUUCAGUUGUGAUGUCAUUGCAUAGAGGCUAUGGGACAAGUGGCAGUUGGAAACAGAGGUCUAGAGACGAGCACUUACGGCAGUUGGUUUCAGUACUUGGUUUGUCUCAGACCAGAGUGCAUCUCUUGGCGAUUCCUCGAUCCUCCAAGUGAUUUCAGAGUGAGAAAAAGCGAUUUUUUUUUGCAGCAGAAAGCAAAUUCACCAACUUUGGUUGAGAGGAAUUGCUUUUGAAGAAAGAAGAAUAUUUCUACAGAAGAAGAAAAUCAAAAGUCCAUUCUUUGAGACUUUAUUGAUACCAUCAAGAUGAAGAGAAGGAUCGACGACGUGAGCAGCAGCGAGGAAAAAAGUGGGCGAAAAAGGAAGAAAAAGAGAAGAAUACACAAGUGCAGCUCCAGUGAGGAAAUAAAAAUGGAAGGAAGGAAAAGACCCAGAGAGAGUGAGAACAGCGCUACAUCAGAACGAGGAAGUGAAUUGAAGAGACCCCGUGUGGAAGAAGAACUUCCUCUCCCAGUAGCAAUCAGCAACUGCACCAUCCAUGCUGAGCUUGGGAGUGGAACAUACGGCAGAGUUUGGUUGGUAUCUUUACAAGACAGGAUCCAGCAUAUGGCCAUCAAGGUCAUUAAGAAGAGCAACACCAACACGUCCAACAUCAUCACAGAGGCACGGGUAUUGAAGACAGCAGCUGGAUGCCCAUACCUUUGCUCUGCCUAUGGUUCUUUCCAAACACAGGGGCAUGUUCUUCAUGCUAUGGAGUAUGUCAGCGGAGGGACCCUAUGGAGCGUCAUCAAGAACAGCGUCCGGCUAGAGAAUGACUUAGUAAGGUAAGUGACUGCAUGAAUGUUUGGGGUAACAGAGCAAGAACUGUCCUAGAGUAACACCUAAACACCAGCCUUUGCCUCACAAAAAUGCCUCAUAUAUUUGAAUUAUUGAGUGUGUGUAAAAGGACAUAAAGCUUAUGUUGCUGUAUCGUGCAUACAUAACACCUUAACAUUUGUAAUUGCAUUUGAAAUGGUAUGGUCUAAUGAAACUGGUACAAUAAGCAAUGCU